UGGACUGUCAGUGGUGUCGAGUACCAGUCUUGGCGGUCAUGAUCACACAAGACUUGGUCGUAAUCACAACGGCAGGCUAUGAGAUGUAUUGUCCUAGUCAAUAAGCACAGGGUCAGCAAUAAUAUUCUAAAUAGGACUUCAGGGUUCGCGUAUGGAUGCAUAGUAAUAUCCAGCCGCACGUGGCGUGCAGCACCCGAGAAUGCGAUUUGUAUUAAUAACAAUUCCUUAGCUCUCUCUAGAAUAAAACCCUCCAUUUCUUCGCUCUUUACUACAGUCUAUUCCAACUACCGCGAUUCUGUCAUACGGCGGCGCUGCCUACAUCUGACCAUUACAACAUAUCUCAACAUAUCUCUAGCCAGUCACGCCAUCAUCAACUGAAGCAGCGCAAUAUGGAGAAACCCACAGUCAAAAAGGGCGAUGGCCUCCAGGUCAUACAUGCCAGCUUGUAUCGCAUGGCAACGAAGUCAAUGGCCCAGGCUUAUACCAUCCUCGGCUACAAAGUCAAUCACGCUCUGAUAGGAAACUCACUGGAGACAAAUUGGAAUGGGAUAGAGAAAGCCGCUGAGGCAACUUUCCCAACUGGGCCAAUGCGCCGUUUCGACAAGAAGGACUGGGACGAUCUCUGGGGUUCACAAUACGAUAUCGUUACUGAUAUUGCGUGCCCCUUCGUACCAGAACUCAUCAAAGCUUACCCCAACGCCAAAGUCGUCAUCGUUCAACGAAGUUUCGACGGUUGGUGGGAAAGCUUUAGGAAAAACAUCAAAGACAAGGUGUUUGAGUUCCCCAAAUCCAACAUCAUCGCUUUCAUCAGCACGGUGUUCUUGGGAGUUCGCCCGAUACAGUCUCAGAGGAAAGCUCUCUUCGGACUCUUCGACGUCAGGUCUGCCGCAGGCAUCAACAAGGAGCGCGGCAGAGAAGUCUACGACGAGUAUUUCAGGAAGAUUCGAGAGAUCGUCCCUCCAGAGAACAGGUUGGAAUACAAGAUUGGUGAUGGAUGGGAACCUCUCUGCAAAUUCCUAGGUGUCCCUGUUCCCGAGGGCAUUGAGUUCCCCCGGAGUAACGACGGCGCAGCACUUAACGACCAGACAAACACUAGGCUACGGAUGCACAUGUCAAAUAUUGGGAACUUGUCGAAGAGCGGAUUUAUUGGAAAGAUGCUUGCUGUAUAUGUAUUAUUAUGUGGUUAUAUGAUAUACCGCUGGUUGCUCCGCUGAGCUACAAGC